CUGAGUUGUUUUGAGGAGAUGUUUUUGUCUUCCACCCGAACGAACAUUAUUUAUCGCAUAUACUUUCCAACGUUGUGUGAAAAAUAUCGCGUGAACUUGAUAAAGUUUCCGUUUCCAAACUUUGUCAUCUAAACCAUGGAGCUUGAUGUACAUUUUUUAACUCGCUGUAAAUUUUGUUAUGGCGUAGACGGAAUUGCAGCUUGGUUGAGUUGACCACAAAAUGGCGGGUGACGACCACGAAAAAAACACAGUACUCCAAUUUUCAGAAAUUCUAGAAGAGCAUGGAAUAACACGUUUCUCGAAGUUAUUUAUUAACAAAGAUCACAAGACUACGCGACAGUGCCAUCAACUGAAACGUCGAUAUAAGUUUUUGAAUCGGCUUCUCGAAGAUGGCUGUUCAUCGCAUCACCAGACCGUCUCGUUGAAUCUUCUUCUCGCUGCAUGUGCAGCUCAGCUGACACAUGAUCCGGAUAUUGGGAAUGACGGAGUGGAGGAUCAUUUAUUGAACGUUCUCAAACGAGAUCCCGAUAACAUCAAUGCAUUAGUAGAUCUGUUUUAUUUCUAUGGAUCGACACAAGAACACGACGAAAAAAAGGAGUGCGAAGACAAGCUUAUAAAGUUGUUGGCUAAUGAAAACAUUGUACUCUUGAAAGUUAAAAGUCAAGCUGAACGAGCAUAUGCUCUUGCGUAUGAUGACCAUUGCGGUGGAACAAAGUCCUUACAAAGAUAUGAAGAAUCAACACUCCUUUAUAGCCAGGCAUUAUCUCAGCUGGAAUCUUGUGGUCUGGAAGACAAAUCAAGUUGGUAUUACAUAAUGGGUGAAAACUGUAGACGAUCAUACAAUAUUAUGACAAAGGAGGAACAAAGUGUUAAAGUUGAAAUGUAUGACAAUGCUGCAAAGUACUACUAUAGCGCUCUCAAUGGGUCAACAAAAUUACAGUGCGAUACUUGGGCAGCAUUGGGCUUAUUAUUUUGUAAAAAACCUAAACUGUCUAAAGGUACACGUUAUCCUCCUUUCAUUGGAGAAUGCCCUGACCUCAAAUAUUUUUAUAAUGAGAAAUGUCUAAAAUGCUUUGAGAAAGCCUUAGAUUUGUGUCGAGAUAUCAUACCUGUGAAGAUUCUUGCUGAUUAUGGAUCGCAGUGCUAUCGUUUGGGAAACAAGCAUGCAGCUUUGAUGAAACUUGAUCAAGUUAUCCAGAAUGAACCGGACAAUCCCAGAAGCUGGUUUGCUUACAGUGCUAGGUCUAAAAUAUACAGACAGUCCUAUAAAGAAGCAGCAGAAAGGUUUCAGAAGCUGCAUGAUAGUCCUCCAGAUAUAUCACUUCUCAAAAAAGCGAAAAGUGACUCUGAUAAGUGCCUCAGGUUAAAUGAGAGUCCUCAAGAAUAUGCAAAUUUGGGUGAAAUUCACUAUUUGAUUGCUGUGGAUGCAUCUGGUAAUGUUUGUGACCGCCAAGAACUUAAAAAAGCUCUUCGUUGUUUCCUCCAAGCAGAGGAGUGCCAAGAUGGUGCUGACAGACCAGACCUCCACCAGAGAAGAGGCCUGUGUUUAGUGAGCUUAGGUCAGAAUCGUAAAGCCAUUGAAUGCUUCAAGCGAGCCGUUGAAUGCGAGCAUAACAAAAAUUACAAUAAGAAUUUUGUUCAUCUGAUGAAAACGUUCUUUAAGGAAUAUCGACAUGAGGGUGGAAAGGAAAAAUAUAUGCUGAGUGAAAUAGCAUACUGGUUUAGGUAUGGCAUCGAUAAGUAUGUGAUCAAUGUUGAUGUAUUUACCACAGGUGGUAUUUCUUAUGCUCAAGAACUUCUCCAGCUUGGUGAGCAUCUUCAGAAUAACCAGAAGUUCAUAUAUGCAAGAAGGUGUUUUAAUAUAUUGAAAAAAGAUCCUGAUGUCGAGAUAAAGAACAAGGCACUGAAACUGCUGCUACAAAUAAAGAAUGGUACAUCAGUUGUCACAAACAGGGAACCAGCACAUGUGGAGAGUGUGGAUGAGGCAGACACUGUGGAUGGUCAAAACAACCCUGUCAGUAAUGUGGAUGACACACAAACUCUGAGAAAACCAGAAAACUGCACUCUUAAAACUGAGCAGGAUAAUGAACCAGAUGCCGAAGCUUUGAGUGUGAAUAGUCAUAUGGAUAGUUCAGGUUCAAGUCUAAUUUCUACAGAAAAAAUUCGAAACGAUAUAAAAUCUGAAGAUAGUGUGAGCAUUUCUGACUUGUCUGUUGCUACCGGUAAUAAAAAAGUACUGUUGUCUGUUACGGAAGAUGUAGAUUCAAAUAACUUUAUCUAUAAAGCACCUGAUGGCACAGAGCAUAUAAAGACCAAUAUUUGUCCGGAUACAAUCUCACAAAUACUAAGUCAAAUUGAAAAAGAAUAUCCAGAGAAAAUUAAUAUUCCACCUGCCCCCAAGGAUGCUAAAAACAAACAUGGGAAAAAAUAUGACUUUUUUGCUGUGUUUUCAGAAGGCGACGAUGCUGACUGGGUCUGGUAUACACUCUUACCAAAAUUGGAAAAAGAGUUAGAAUUGAAAGGAUGCAUAACACAAAGAGACUGCACACCGGGAAAAAAUAAACUAGAAAAUAUCAUUGAUGCUAUUGAAAAUAGUGUCUUUGUUAUUUUCAUUCUGACUCCAGCUUUUUUUAAUUGUUUACAGCACUGCGUAUGUGCAUUGAAACAAACACUCGCGACUGAAGAAUAUCAAAUAAUCCCCAUACGUAAACAAAAUUAUGACACAAGUAUGAAAACAGCCAAGCUGCUAAAGGCCAUUGAACAUGUUGAGUUUUGUAAACAUUAUGAUUGGCAGCAAAUUGAACAGGCUUUAAGAGAAGGACUGGAAAACUGAAGCAAUGUAAUGAUAUAGAAAUAAAUGUUAAUACGAGAAGGUCAGUUUAAAGCUCUGUUAAAGCCAAUAAAAUAUAUAUGCUGUCCAAUAAAUGUACUCUCUGAAGAUAUCUAGGUUGUGUUUUGAAAAUCUACAAAUGUCCUGUCCUUCCUAGAUUUCUUUCAUUUUCUGAAAGUGUAAUGUCCAAGAUUCAUUUUGAGUAUGCCAGCCAUUUAUUCAUGACUGAAAUUUAUAUAAUUUAAAAUACUGUAUUUGUUCUAUUAGAAGCGCAUCUGCAAUAGAUCUAUAUAAACUAUAUUGUUAACUGUAUUUAAUCAUAGACCUGCCUCUAUCAUUUACGUAAGCGUAUGCACCACUAAUAGAGCAAGUAUAGUAUACAGCAACUUUGGCAUAAUUAAAACAAUGGCCAGCUACUUUUAGUGGAGACUUAAUUAUAAAUGUGAUUGUUGUCUUCAGGAUCUGUAUGGUAUUUGUUCAAUAUGACUGUAUCAUAUUAUAUAGUGUUGCAUUUAUUGCAAUUAAUAAUGUAUACUUAGAAUCUUUGAUGAAAAUGCAUUUCAUGUUUGUUUUGUAAGUAA